AUGAUGGGCCUAUCACCGCUUCAAGUUCAGCCACAGUCGCAGCCGGAUCAAGAGCAAGCCGCAAUACUCACACGUAUCAAACAACGCUCAUACACCGAUCCCGACAACGAGGGACGAUUCCUGUACAAUCUCUUCGUCAUACAGUACUUCAAGUCCUUCCAGCGCAACGCGUCUGAGGUGGAGUUGCACCUCAGACACGGUGGGAUCAACGAGGUCAAGGAGAACGUCGUUCAGUUGCAGCUAUCCAGCGAUCUCACAGAGGAGGAAAUGUCUUUUUUUCCUCCCUUCAUCUGUGUAGAGCACAGUGUUGUGUGCGCCUGGUUGCAAAACAGUUGCAUCGCGCACCUUCUCGAGCGCCUCCAGACCAUGGCCGUAGGACCAGCUCUGCAAACAGCAAUUACACAAUUCCUGGUACUCUGCUGA